AUGGAUGACCAAGUCAAUGUAUCUAACAAUAGUGAUGAAUUUGAGAAGCUUAGCUAUUAUGAUUGGCUGGCGGACUCAGGAACAACAUCACAUAUUACUAAGAUUCGGUCCGCAUUGACGGACUAUGUCCCACUAAAAGGUCACAAACAGCAAAUAACCUGCAAACUUAAAAAUGUCCUAUAUGUGCCGCGUGCCUCGAAUAAUCUCGUGUCUAUCACGCGUUUAGACCGAGAGGGAGGACACGCUAUAAUGGGCAAAGGGAAGGCAACCUUAAAAGUGCGCGGAGGACGCACAAUUGCCGAAGGGAAGCUGUACAAUGGAUUAUAUCUAUUGGAGAGUCGGGCAAAAAUACAGUCAGUAACGAAAGUAAACAUUGCCCGAGAAGAGCAACCCAGAGAUUGGCUUACCUGGCAC